AUGGUCCGACACAAGUGGUAGAUCAUAGAUGCAUCGAUGCGACGAAGGACUCCACAGAUAUUUUCAUUGCUCGGCACAGUUGCGUUUGUGAAGUGAAAAGAUUCUGAACCUAGCUUCGUUUCACUCUCUACUCUUGAUACAAUUAGUUUCCUGGAGAAUUCCGAGAUGGCGUCCCUUCAGUUCUUACUCAUCCUAUCUGUGAUUGGUCUCAGUGCAGCGCUGCCAGCACUUCAGUACCCUAUCCACGCGUCCUGUAACAUUCAGUGGACGUUUGCAACUACAUCAUGUGACAAAGUCAAUGAGGCUCUGUACGCAGCUGCAAACAAGAUGCAGGGAACAACGGGAUGUGACGAUGGCAGCGAGAAGUGCUUGUACACGGUUGAAUCUCACUCUGCAUCUAAGAUGACACUCAAGCAUGAGACCCCAAAAAAGCACUACAAGGAUGACUUGACCAUCACGUUUUCUGCAUCAGGAUCCGGCUGCAGUGUGAAGGCUGCUUCAACAUCUGAGACAUGGUAUGCGUAUCUGGAUGAUGGCACAAACUACUGCAACCUGGAGAACCUCCUAACUGUGGGCGGCCUGAAGACUUCCGACGUCACGGAGCAGACGAGUGACUCUCAGUGCACCCAGUACUCGUCGCGUGACUGUAGCAAAUACUAAGUGUGCAGCCAGGGAUAUCCAGAGGUACAAGGCAAAGAAUGAAUUGUACGAUGGACAGAUCUCGUCACUGAGCUGAUCAUUCCUUCCACAUGCACAUCCUACUCGUUUCAAGUUUGCAUGCUUCUUUCUUGUAAUGGCCACAUAGUACUAGUUUCGCCACAGAUGUUGUAGAUUCCGCGCAUCGUUGUAUCAUCUGUAUCAUUCUGUUGCAAGCACAAGCACAUCGCUACAUGACAUAUCUCUAAUUCAUGAGUGCUGGUACAUGCAACUUAACAGCACACUGCAGAGGGCUUGACAGUUCCUUACUUGCCGUCCUUCCACCAUUCCAGGUUCAGUGAAUAAAUGAUUGUGUACUUCAUAGUACGCGUGUUCUCUGUUUGUGGAUUACGUAAUUUACGAUGCAAGCCUUUGGUAUACAUUCAUGCACUCUUUAACAGUUGGUAAUUCUGUAGAACGGUACAUUAUACACUAUAGCAUUGAUAAUUUAUCACAUUGUCAAGACGGUUUCGGACUCGAAUGAUCGGUCUGGAACUGCAGGCCCAGAGCUGUUGUGACAUAAAGAAGAAGAUCGUGGCAUAGGUCUCGGUUUGA